AUGCUGGUUCCAGAAAGUAAUUCUGAAUUCGAAGAAAGUGACGAUGAAACUGAGCCGCCACCACCACAAGAAUCAUAUUCUUGGAUUGAAGCCGACAUAGUUUCUGCUAACAUACCUUCAGCAGACUUCCUGAACCUGACAACAUUGCAGUUCCCAUUGAGUAUUUUACAAAGUUUUUUUCAUUUGAUCUAA